UUAGGUGCUCUGCUGCUGGUUUCCAGUGUGGGUAUCCUGCUCCCAGGUGUGAGCAGCUGCCCCAAGAAAUGUUUGUGUUACCCAUCUUCAAACUCUGUGGACUGCAGUGGCCAGGGGCUGUCAACGAUCCCCCCUGACCUACCCCCGUGGACAGUAACGCUGCUCUUACAGGAUAACCGGAUCCACUGGCUUCCUGCUCUUGCAUUUAAGUCUGUAUCACUGCUCACCACCUUAAAUUUAUCUAACAACUCUCUUUCAAAUCUGGCUGCAGAGGCUUUCUAUGGACUUGCGCACUUGCAGGUUUUAAACGUAACGCAGAAUUCCCUGCUUUCUAUAGAAAGCAGUUUUGUCCAAGUCAUGCCUGGGCUCAGGGAGCUUGAUCUAUCAUUCAACAGCCUCAGUGUCCUCCCCACAUCUCUGGGCAAGCCUUGGGAGAACCUGACCAUGUUUGCUGUGCAACAGAACCAUCUUCUACAUCUGGAUCGUGAACUUCUAGAGGCCAUGCCCAAGGUGAGGCUGGUACUUCUUAAGGGCAACCCUUGGAAAUGUGACUGCCACUUACUGGGUCUGAAACUCUGGCUGGAGAGGUUCAUUUUUGAAGGGGGAGAAACAGACGGUGCCAUCUGCAGGCUGCCUGAACCCUGGAAGGGAAAGGAUCUCCUCUCCAUUCCUCAUGAAAUAUACAAACCCUGUCCUCUACGUCAUCAGAAUUUGGUACCCUCACUAGUUCAGCAGCCUGGUUCUGUUCCGCAAGAUGCCCAGAAAUCUCCUGAGAAUAACUCGGGUCAGCACGAUCCCUUGGAGUGUGAGAGCAAACCCAAACCAAAGCCAACCAACCUGCGCCAUGCUGUGGCCACUGUGGUCAUCACUGGGGUGGUGUGUGGGAUCGUUUGUCUCAUGAUGCUGGCAGCUGCGAUCUAUGGAUGUACCUACGCGGCUAUCACAGCCCAAUACCAAGGGAGAGCCUUGGCACCAACCAGGAAGUCUGAGAAGAUGGGAAGUGAGGAACCAAUGGAUAGUUCGCCAGCCUGAGAGCCUUCACGUCCAAGGCCCCUUUGAUCACUGAGGGCCAGAAGAAAUGACUGAGUGUGCCUGAUGUGUUCAUUCCUCCUGACCCAUGUUUUGUCUUCCAAACCAACUAAGGAAAAAAAAAACUGUGUCCAAAAAAUAAAACAAAAAGUACUCAGUGGGAAGAAAUUUAUGCCACAACUUUUAACUACCAUAGAUAAAAUAGAGACACUUCUAUCUUGCAACUUGCGUAUCUUGAAG